UGCGUUGAGUAGUGUUUACUCGCUGCAGAAAAGUUAUUGGCCUUGGUUUUUCAUAAUGGCAUAAACAUUAAACGGAAACGUACAUGAUACCGCAAACGCCGAGCUGGUGCACCGCUGGAAUCGACGAGGACGUCCGCCCGCGUCGCCCAAUCAAUAUUACCGCUCGGCGAGGGAAAGCGCAGCGUGGAUACCCAGCAACACCGCGCCGCCAUUGAGAGAGCAGAAAAAGAAAAGCGUGUGCGCCCGCAAACAACAAGAAAGAUUCAUCGAAAAGGGGGGCAGAGUGAGGGGCAAACCGAUUUGAGGUCGCCGGAUGUAAAAAUGUCGCAAGCAGCUGGAGGAUCUGCCGUCGGAAUGGAGCAGCAAGCCACUGGAAAGCAGUCAAAGCCACCGGAGGAGCUCCAGGACAAUGACACCAACAGUCUGGAACCGGGCGAGGUGGUGACCCCGCCCCAUUAUCAUGCCAGCAGUCCGGCAGUCAAAAAGCAUCUGUCCAAGGAUCUGAUAAUGAGCAAAACGCUUCUGAAGCUACCAGCUAGCAUUCUGGAACAGGCGCGCAAAGAGAACGGAUCUGGCGGGACACCAAAUGCCCAAGCCGAAGAUGUGGACGAUAGCGAAGGCCUCUAUUCGGACUCGGAUUCCUCGGGGGAAGACCUCAAAAACGUAGAGGAUGUGCAGAAGGCGAGGAAGGAGAAGCAGGAGGAGGCUGCAGCUGCUACCCUGCCCCAAGCACCGCCCACGCCGUUCUUGGGCAAUAUUCCGCUAAGAUUCCACAUGAGAGCUCCUUGCUUUGACUUUCCACGCAUGGGCUUUAUGCCCCGAAUGAACAGGGGCGGACCAAGGGGCAUGCGAACGACAUUCUUUGGUCGCCCACCCGCACCGAAUCGCAUGGGAGCUCCUAUGAUGGGUGGGCCACCAACGCAAGGACCUCCGCCGGGAGCGUAUGCCCCUCAAAAUCCACCAGCUACAGGUAAUAACAGCAAUUCAGGUUGUUGCAAACGACUCCAAUCGGAUGUGAUUUGGACAGCAUUGCAGCCGCCAGUGUCCUUUGUUUUCAAUCUUGUUUCCGAGUGCUCCAAUAAAAAGCAUGAGAACUGCAGAACUAAAGCGGAAACUGCUGACCACAACUCCAAGGAAGCGAAACUUUCCAGCGAAACAAAGUCCACUGAACUCUUAAUUGAAAUCAAUCGAUCGAGAGAGAAGUCCCAGCACAAAAAUGACGUCAGAGGAAAACCAAAUAAUCGAUCCCAUGACAGAAACCAAAAUCGAGGAAGAACUAGGGAAAGGUCGAAAGAAUCGCACGGCAAGUCCACUGAAAACUCCAAGAACAAGGACGAAAGCAGAGGGACAGGAAGACGGAAAAGUAGAGAAAGAUCCCAAGAUAAAAAUUCUAAUAGAGCAAAAAGUAUGAAUCUAUCUAAGGAAAAGGAUGAAAUUGGAGGCGAGCUUAAGAAUGCAGCGAGUGGAAAGUCACAGGAAAGAGAUCAAUCGAGAGGUAAAACUAAAGAACGAUCUAGGGAGAGAGAUCGGACUAGAAAUAAAACACGUGAAAAAUCGCAAGCCAGAGAUCAAACCAAAAGAAAGGCAAACGAUGCGGAACAUACCAGAGUAAAAUCAAGGAAAAGGUCCAGUUCACGGGAUAAGCGUCGAGAAAAAUCAAAGGAAAAGAAUGGAGACUUAUCCAAGGAAAAGCUUAAAGAAAAAUCUACCGAACGCAGCGAAAGAAAAAAUGAAUCCAAGAUUAAAAAUAAGGAUACAAAUGAAGAAAAGCUUCGAGAGCGUUCCAAAGAAAAAGAUAGAAACCAUUCUAAGGAAAGACUGCAUGAAAGAACGCAGAAUAAGUCUGAAGAAAGAAAACCUGAAGCAAAAAAAGUGAGAAAUGCAAGAGAAAAUUCAAAGGAAGGAACUGAUCACAAAAAGGACAAACUGUUGGGGCCAUUGGGAGAUAAAACAGAUGAACGUUUAAAGGAUAAGCAAAGAAAGCGAUCGAGAGAAAAAUCAGUAACGAAAUGCCCAAAGGAAAGCGGCAAGGACAAAUUAAAGGAGCAUUCACGGGAAACGACUAAAGAUAGACAUCAAGAAAAAUGCAAGGAUCCGCCGAACGAAAAUGGAUUGGAUAGGUCCCAGAGAUCAAGCACGCCGCAUGAUUCCUUCAGUGAAAGUGCAAUAACAAGCGAACACGCCUCAAUAAGAAAAAAUCAGACGCCUCCACCUUGGGGGAGCAGGGAAGGAACUCCCUCAAUGACACCACCACAAGUUCAGAUCCCUCAGACUCCAAUUGUUGAUCACGCCAAUCCCAAGGACUUUGAUAUUUUCGCCGAUUCACCUCCACGAGUAAACACUGCCGUUUCAGCUCCAGCUGCAACUAUUGAAAGGAGUACUACGCCGCCGUUGAAGUCAUCCAUUCCUAUUGUCCCCAUCGCUAAAGCCGACAAACUGGCUCCUCUGCUCAAGGCCAGUGAGAUUCACAGUAGGAUUGGCGCCCUGCUUGAGGAAAGCGAUUUGCAUUUGGAUAAUCUACUAGCUACUAAAGAGCAAUUGUUCCGUCGCACUAAUGAAUACAAAGAGAGAAAAGAGGCUCCCAAAGAGAUUAAAGCUGAAUACCUUCCGAAUAGCAGGCAUAAUAGAUCUGCGAGUGGUAGGGCAGAGGUCGAACAUCACAAAAGCCAACCACGGCAUAUAAAUCCUUUCAAGCGCGAAUCAGUAUUAAGCGGGAGGAAAUCCUCCUCUCGCCCUUCAAGCAAGGAGAGACGAUUUCAAAGACACGACAGUGAUGUUGAGGAUUGGGAUAGGGAUCUAGAACUCGAAAGAAAUCAAUUACAUGUCAGUCAGCAAACUGGAUUCCAACCAAGAAAGAGUGAUGAGUAUACAAAAUUCAGCAUUAAGAAAGAAAAAGAUCUUACGCCCCCGCCUCUGCAAACGAACUUUACUCGAACCACUAUAAAAAUCGAACGCAAUGCAACGCCUCCCCGGCACGAUGUGCUGGUUAGAAACGGUGCAGUGGCGACCAAUGCUCCUCCACCGGCAAAAGAGCAGGAAAGUCCCGAUACGGAUGACUACAUCGACAACUGGGAAAACGACGAUUCACUGGCCAGUAUGCCCAAGAACGCACCUCCUGUAACUCCUACUCCCGCUCCAAAUGCAAACGCAUCUCUUAACGCUACACCCUUGCCUCCAGUAGCUUCACAAUUUAAUGGCGAUGAUGACGAUGAUGACUCCAACGCUCUGUGGAAUGCAAAAAGCACACCUCCUCCGCGACGUAAAAAUGAAAACUUGCCGGAGGGCAACAUCCAUGAACUAUAUGACAAAUUCAUGAAUAGUAUUAAGAUGUCCAACGAGCAUUUGGAGUCGGAAACACUGGACACCUCAAAGAACAGUUCCUUGAGCAAUUCCCCAGCCGAAGAGAGUUCGUCGGGCUCUGAGACUUCCUCAACAAGUAGCAGCAGUAGCGAAACCGAGGAGGACUCCAGUUCAGAGGACGACGAUGCCAAUGAAAGCUCUUCGAAUGAUGAAUCGGUCACAGCAUCCGGUAAUUGCAACACAAAUCAGGAUGAAACCGCUGGUAAGGAGCAGCUCCAAAAGAAAAACAAUGUAAGCAAGGACCUACGGAAAUUAAAGAGCCUCGAAGACAAUCUGGCUAGGAUUCAGAUGAUGCGUGAGAACUAUGACGCGGGCGAUGAGAUUUCCGAAGAACUGCUGAAAAUGGAAUCCUUAUUUCUAAUGCAGCGCAAUGCCAUCAUGGAUAAGUAUCGCAAACAGGAACUUAAAAGCAAUUCCAGUGAGGAUCAGCAGCCAGUGGAUGAACAAGGAACUGUUCAGGCACAAGAGGUGGUUAAGGAAACAUCCUUUCCUGUAAACAGCAUCUUCAGUGCCAAUCGGGAAGCCAUCAAACUGACCAUCUCGCCAUUGAAGUUGACUAGGAAAUCUGUUAUUUUCGACAAGGACGAAGCAGAUCUACCGGAAACAUCCAAGGCGGAGCCUCCCAAACCACCGAUGCAAAAGCCACCAAAGGAGAUCGCCAUUGUGAAACCCACCAUUGUCGAAUCCCGAUCUAAGCCUAAGCUAAGGAGUCCACCACCAUCAGCAGGAAGUCGUCGUAGAUCCCGGUCCCGUUCUAUUUCUAGAAGUAGGACACGACGUCGCGGCUCUAGGACCAAGUCACGUACUCCCAGCCCCAGACGCCGACGCCUUCCAUCGCCCAGAAGAGUUUCCAGAUACGCUAAGCGAAUUGGAGCAGCAGCCGUCGGAGGAACUAGGAAAGGCAGGAGUCAUAGUAGAAGUUUAACAAGGAGUCGAACGCGAAGUAGGAGUCCAAGUAGACGAAGACGGUUGCCACUAGCAGGGCACAGAAAACGCUGUUCAAUAUCUCCAAUGCCACAAAAAUUGGUUGGACCUCGGUCACCACCUCCUUCCCGCCGACGUCACUCACUAAGUCGUGAUCGGGAACGUGAACACUUAUCUCGCUCCCGUUCGCCCUUACCCUUCAAACCUCCGUCUCCGCCGAUGAGACGCAGUUGGUCCAAAGCACCAACCAGAAGGAGAUCGUUCUCCAGGUCGAGAUCGCGGUCAAUAUCACCAAGGUCUCGAUUAUCAGCAGAGGAAGCUUUCAAUUAUUUUGAGGAGAAUCAGGGCAUGGAAGCGGCUGCGUACUACUAUAAUAUGUCAUUGAUGCAGCAGGAGGAUCAGAACGCAUUGGGUGAGGGCUAUGAUGCUUAUGCCGCAUAUAUGGACUCCGCGUACAAUAUGGAACAAGCGUAUGCACAAUACUCUGAAGAAUAUUCAAAUACGUACAUGGAUUAUAUGGUCGAAGUAGCUUCCUCACCUCAGGCACCUGGAUCGGUUCUUAGGGAACUACCUAUGGCGCCGAUGAUGCCCGUGGAAUCCUUUGUUCCUAUAGCGCCAGUGGAGGCAAUGCCAUCGAUGGCGGCCACGGCGUCAGUGAUGCCGGUGGCCGUACAAAAAGGCAACGUUUUGGAAAUAGUACCUUCUGGGGAGGAUAUACUGGAAGCGGAGAAGAACAUAGUGGCAGAUGCAGUAGAUGAACCAGUGGAGGACACGAGUAAACCAAAAGGAAAAGGCGUCAAUUUCGUGGAUAAGGUGCUGCCCGCAUACGAGAGCGACAACGAAGACCGCGCGGUCGUUGAAAUGGCGGUGGAACGUGCCCUUCGGAAAUAUCACGAGGGUCGCUCCCAAGCCGCCGCCAAGCUGCAACUGAUACGCGAUGAGCUGCUUGUGUUGCCUCCACCACCACCGCCGCCACUGACAACCAAGCCAGCUAAUCUGGAAAAGCCUGUUUUGGUGCAGAAGAAACCGAAGUACCGAUACUUUCAUUUUGAUCCUUUCAAGUGUGCAAUAGUGAAGACGUACACACGCACGCUACGUUCAGCAUACCGCCCUCCAUUCGAUCCCAAGCAUUUUGCCAUGCUAAUGAAGACUGGUCGCCUGCCGCAGAUUCCUCCAGGAUUCCUGCGACACCGCCCGCCAUUUAUACCUGCGCAUGUCGAUGCUGUCACGAGAGGAGCAAUGCUCAAGGAAUUCUUUAGCAAACAUCCUCCACCGCCGCUAGCGAUGCCCAUGCCUGUACCCAAUGGGAUGCCCUAUUACCUGAGUGGUCCACCGCCAACGCCAAGUGGAGCUGCAGUUUCUCCUGUGCCUAUUAAUGUCCUGCCACAACCCAUUCCCGUGUUGGAUGGAAGUGGUUAUCAGGGUUAUCCUCAGCAGCCUACAAUGGUACCAUCACCUGUUCCAGUUCCUGUUCCAGUGCCGCUGCCUGUGCCCUUGCCUGUUUCUACUGACACGACGCCACCUCCCGCGUUGGAAACUCCUUACUUCACACCACCACCUUUGCCCGAGCUGCCGACUCUACCCGAACUGCCGUCUCAGUUCAACGUGAGUUCGGUGCCCACAAUAACGGAGAUAAUGCCAGUGGAUAUACUAGAGAAGUUGGGACCGCUGCCCAAGACCUUGGACGUCGAUGACGGAGGUGGAACUGCCAGUCCGGUGGAGAUUAGCGACGAUCUCAAAGAGGUUGAGGCAGAGCCAGCCGAACAGCCUGUGGUGGACGUGAAGCCGCAUCUCCUUGUGGAGACCCAGUAGUAGACCCAUCUUGCUAGCUUGGUUUUUUUAAUUAUAGAGUUUUUUUUUAGGUAAUUAUUCUUAAUUGUAAACCAUGAGGAUCCUAAUCCCUACACAUAGAUUUACUUCGUAAAUAUUUGGUUUAUAUAAUAUUUUUAAUUGACCAUUUGUAAACAAGUUGCAUUUAUUCAUAGAAGGUCGUUUUAGGUUUCUAUGUCAUUUAUACAAGGCCCUUCUGGGCCCACGUUUAUUGAUUUCUAAAAGAAAAUAAAAAAUGUAAAUAGUUCGCUUAAGAAUUAUACUUGAAUUAACUUUCGGCGUGCACACUAUACAUAUUUGAGUCAUUUACUAUAACGAAGUUCUUAACGAAUUAAUCUAACCUUAAGAUCCACAAGAAUCGAAUGUAUGUGAAAUUUCUAUAGUGUGGUGAGCAUCUAUAAGACUUUGCAUGUUUGGUAUCGUACAAAAUAUAGACAUGAAAUACAAA